AUGGACCAAUUUCGGAACAGUGUACUAGACGGGAAAGUCGUAUUAAUGGGAAGAGAUAUCAACCGCCUCAUAUCGAAUAUCAACAUACCCUUGGAUAUACCGUCUGCUUGGGAGGAUGAUUUCAGUAUAACCGUGUUUCAAAAGAAUGAGCUCUCCAACCUCUCCAUGGAAGCUAGACGAAGCAUCAGCGGAAUCACACCUCACUGCAAUCGCGUCUAUCCAGCAGGCAUCAUCAAGGAUGGCAUUGUCUACUACCUCCUGAUCAUAUGGGUUGAAGAAGAAAAGGAAGAAGUACAAUUGGAUGUACGCGAUAUCAUACAAAAUACUUUCCCUAAAGAACCAUCAACCGAAUUUCUAGAUCAUCUCAUAUACACCCUACAGCUCUUAGAUGAUCAUUCGGCCACUCAAUCGUACAGUGAGCAGCUUGUGCUGAUUGAGCAUGAGUCGGACAAACCAUCAUCGAAGGGAUCAAUCAGACUUGGGGAUACGGCUUUACGGAAUGAGAGAUACAAAUUAGCGAUGUUCAGUUAUGCGCAGGGAUACGAGCAUGCAAGUCAGAACGAUGAAGAGAAGAUUAUAAGAUAUUGCCUGAAAGGAGUCGAGAGGUGUUCGGCAUACACGGAAUGGGGCGUUAUCCUACUGGAAGAUGAAAUUCAUCAAAUACCCAUAGAAUUAUCUUGUCUACUCUUGAGACCGUGGUCAACAACAUUGCAAUCGGCUGUUAAAGAAUUGAACCUGAUACCCUCUUUAUGCCUCGAACCUCGUCAGCGUUCUUACUCCCCAUCUCUACCAUCUUCUCAAGAAAGAUUUUAUAGACUACCAAGGUACUUCAGAUGGAUCGUCCCUUUCUGUCUUUCGGUCAUGUCGACUCCUCGAAAUGAAAUGGACAUUUCGGCUUUAGCUUCAAUAGGAAUCAAGACGAUCAUCACAUUGACCGAAGAAACUCCUCUCCCGGCACACUGGUUCCAAGCCAAGCCCAUCAAGAACGUAUUCACCCCUAUCCCAAACUACUAUCCACCAUCGAUUGAGCAAAUGGAUAUUAUCAUCCAGCUGCUCAACGACGAAACCAACUUACCCCUCUUGGUACACUGUGGAGGCGGUAAAGGACGAGCAGGAACAGUCAUAGCCUGUUACCUAGCUACAUACGGCUUUCAUCCUCCUGCUGGCGAUCGCGAUCAUCCCUCGAUGUCAGCUAAUGAAGCCAUUGCAGCCCUUCGAAAGAUACGUCCAGGUAGUCUAGAGACUUCCCAACAGGAGGCAUUCGUAGCUAGGUGGUGUUCUACCAUAUGGAAGAGGCAAAGCAUCUUUCCCGAAAGACCAUUUGAACCACCGCCUUGUAAAUUGAUCAUCGAAGGAACGAUAGAGGAAGAUUCGAAUUUAUUCGUGUUGUUAGGGUUACCAGGUUCCGGCAAAUCAUGGUUCUCCAACGCACUGAUAGCAAGAGACCAAACCGGCUGGAAGAGGAUCAAUCAGGAUGAUGAUGGAAGUAGGACUAUAUGUGAGACAGAAAUCAGUCGUACCCCUUUAGCGACUAAUGAGAAAGUAUUAUUAGAUCGAUGUAACACGUCUUCUGAAGAUCGUAAAAAGUGGUUGAGACUAGCUUCUAAUUGGGCAAUCAAUCCGGUGUGUAUCUGGUUCGAUUACGAUAAAAUUUUGUGUACCUCUCGAGCACAAGGGAGAAUUGGUCAUCCCACUUUACGACCUGGAAGUAGGGUACGAAAUGCCACUGAACAGAUGGAUAAGAUAUUCGAUCGACCAACUCUGGAUGAAGGUUUUAGAGGGAUUUGCGUGAUUAGAUCGUUUGAGGCUUCUCUUGAGCUUGUAGAGAGGCUUUCACCUAGAAUUGGGAUACACAAGUUCCCUAGAACACCUCAUCUGAUAGAUCUUGGAGCUGCCACUUCGGACGAUAUCAUACAGUCUCAAGCGAACUCAGAUGCCACUGCAGACCCAGAUGACCUUGCAAGUGGCGGAAGGUAUACGGAGAAAGUGAUCAUUACAGAGAAAAUCGACGGAGCCAAUAUGGGUUUCUCUUUAUCGUCAGACCGAAGUAAAAUCAUCGUCCAGAAUAGAUCACAUUAUAUCAAUCCAACAUCUCAUGAACAGUUCAAGAGAUUAGGAAAUUGGUUGGAAAUACAUCAAGCCAAAUUACUAAGGCUACUAGGACAAGAUGAAUCCACCGACACCUUCUUGGAUAGACAAAGAUUACAAUCGCUUCUCACUCUCCACGAUUGUGAUAUACAUCUCGUACCCAUCAUGGAAGAAUUUGACCGGUCUCCGUCAGAUGAACAGCUGGAGGAGUUGGUUCAGCGUAAGUCGAAGUUCUGGGAAGGUAGAGUAGAAGGGAUAUAUGUGAAGUGGGAGUAUGGAGGAGUAGUCAGGAAAAGAGGGAAAGUAGUGAGAAGUGAUUUUAUAGCGGGAAACGAACAUUGGAUGAAGAGGAAGUUGGAAGUCAACGGGAUAGCUGUAGCAGGUUGUCAAUCGAGCUACACUUGA